AUGGCUGCUCAGAAUGACCUCUGUGAUGCCAUUGUGAUCGGGGCAGGCAUCCAGGGCUGCUUCGCUGCAUACCACCUGGCCAAACACGGGAAGAGAGUUCUCCUGCUGGAGCAGUUCUUUCUACCACACUCCCGAGGAAGCUCCCACGGGCAGAGCCGGAUAAUCCGAAGGGCAUACCCUGAAGACUUUUACACCCACAUGAUGGAUGAGUGCUACCAGAUAUGGGCCCAGCUGGAGCACGAAGCUGGAACCCAAUUAUACAGCUGCUCCAGCACCAACAAAGACAGCAGCCAUCACCGAGUCCUUCCUCGAAUCCCUUCCCCAAGGCAGACUGGACUACUCCUGCUGGGAGUAAAGGAAAAUCAAGAAUUAAAGACAACCCAGGCUACUUUGUCUAGGCUGGGGGUGAAACACCAGUGUCUUUCAUCUGAAGAACUGAAGCAACAUUUCCCCAACAUUCGGUUGGCCAAGGGAGAAGUGGGACUCUUGGAAGAGUCUGGAGGAGUUCUCUAUGCAGCCAAGGCCCUCCGGGCCCUCCAGGAGGCAAUUCGACAGCUAGGAGGCAAAGUGUGUGAUGGAGAGAAGGUGAUGGAGAUAAAACCAGGGCUACCGGUCGUAGUGAAAACCACCUGUAAGAGUUACCAAGCCAACAGCUUGGUCAUCGCAGCAGGUCCUUGGACCAACAGGCUCCUCCGUCCCCUGGGACUUGAGCUGCCUCUCCAGACCCUGCGGAUCAAUGUGUGUUACUGGCGAGAGAAGGUUCCUGGGAGCUAUGGUGUGUCCCAGGCCUUUCCCUGCUUCCUGGGCCUGGACCUCAGACUGGCUCCCCACCACAUCUAUGGGCUGCCCUCUGACGAGUACCCAGGGCUGAUGAAGGUCUGCUAUCACCACGGCAACAAUGCAGAUCCCGAGGAGCGGGACUGCCCCGCAGCAUUCUCAGACAUCCGGGACGUGCAAAUCCUGAGCCGCUUUGUCAGAGAUCACUUACCUGACCUAGAGCCCGAGCCUGCCAUUGUGGAGCAGUGCAUGUACACGAACACCCCUGAUAAACACUUCAUUCUUGAUCGACACCCGAAGUAUGACAACAUUAUCAUUGGUGCUGGAUUCUCGGGGCAUGGAUUCAAGCUGUCCCCUGUUGUGGGCAAGAUCCUGUAUGAAUUAAGCAUGAAGUUGACACCAUCCUAUGACUUGUCACCUUUUCGAAUCAGCCGCUUCCCUGGCCUGGGCAAAGCUCACCUUUGACCCCGACACCCAAGAAGUCCAGCAGCCUUUCUUUUGAGCACAGGGGCUGUGAAUAAAGCCCUCUGCUGGGAAGGCUUCUCGGGGGGAGGGAGUGGCUGUGGGAUGUCAUCCUCUUCUGCUUUUAGAGUCCCCCCCUAAACACCAGACGGUUGAAUGUACCUUCUUCCCUGGCCAGCUCCUCAAUCCCAUUACUUUCUUGCUUCUAGAAGGUCAAUCAAAUAUUCUAUCAUCAUGGAGUAGCAAGGACCUUUGAGAGGAUGUCGGUACAACGAGGGGCAUAAGGACCGGGGCAGGAGACCAAAGUGGUUGUUAAAAUUCUCUUUGCUGGGACAUUUGAUGAAUUGGAGAUGGGUUUGACUAAGGCUGCCCAGGGGAGGGUAAACAAGACGAUUUGUAGAUGACUCCUGCCCUUGAAGUUCCUUUUCCUUAAAACUAGAGCCACCCUCCAUCACAAGCUCUGCUAAAACCUGGCUCAUUGUGGGUGCACCAUAAAUGUUUGUUGGAAAAAAACACACACAUGUUGAAUCAACAAAUAAGUAAU